GUCUACUUAGCUGCGCACCAUGAGGACCUCCCUAGCUCCUGGCAUCUGGCUCCUCCGCGCCUUCUCCAGGGACAGCUGGUACCGGGGCCUCAUUCUGGUCCUUACUUUUCUCAUUUACACCUGUUACCACAUGUCUAGGAAGCCAAUCAGCAUUGUCAAGAGUCAGCUGCAUCGAAACUGUUCAGAGCUAGAAAAUCCCAACAACAACACCAACAGCACCACAUGGUGUAACUGGGCUCCAUUUGAUCAGGACAACUACAAGGAACUGCUGGGAGGUGUGGAUGAUGCUUUUUUGGUUGCCUAUGCUGUUGGCAUGUUCAUCAGUGGGAUUUUUGGGGAGAGACUUCCCCUCCGAUAUUACCUGUUUGCUGGCAUGCUGCUGAGUGGAAUUUUUACUUCACUCUUUGGCCUGGGUUAUUACUGGAACAUCCAUCAACUAUGGUACUACGUGCUUAUCCAGAUCUUAAAUGGGCUGGUACAGACCACAGGCUGGCCAUCGGUGGUGACCUGUGUUGGUAACUGGUUUGGGAAGGGAAAGCGUGGAUUUAUCAUGGGUAUCUGGAACUCCCACACAUCUGUGGGCAACAUACUGGGCUCCCUGAUUGCAGGUAUCUGGGUGGAUUCCGCCUGGGGCCUGUCCUUCAUCGUGCCUGGCAUUAUCAUCGGUGUCAUGGGCCUCAUCAGUUUCCUCUUCCUUAUUGAAUACCCUGAAGAUGUGGACUGUGCCCCACCCCAGCACCAUAACGGGCCUGCCAACGACCUGGGUACGUCUGUGGAUUCAGUGAUUGGGCACUGUCCUGAGAGGGAGAGUGGAACUGAAAAUUCUGAAUGUUCCAAGGACCUAACUGAAAAGCCUGGGGCCAUCAGUUUCCUAGGGGCACUAAGGAUUCCGGGUGUAGUGGAGUUCUCCUUGUGUCUGCUUUUCGCCAAGCUGGUCAGUUAUACCUUCUUAUUUUGGUUGCCCCUCUACAUCGUUAAUGUGGCUCAUUUUGGACCCAAGGAAGCUGGUGAUCUUUCUACCCUAUUCGAUGUUGGCGGCAUAAUAGGUGGCAUCCUCGCAGGGCUCAUCUCUGACUAUAUCAAUGGCAGGGCCAUUACCUGCUGUGUCAUGCUGAUUGUGGCUGCCCCUCUGCUCUUCCUUUACAACUAUGUUGGUCAGAAUGGCAUUGGCAGUUCUGUAGUGAUGUUGAUUAUCUGUGGGGCUUUGGUCAAUGGGCCUUAUGCUCUCAUCACCACUGCUGUCUCAGCUGACCUGGGCACACACAAGAGUCUGAAAGGCAAUUCAAAGGCACUUUCUACGGUGACGGCCAUUAUUGAUGGGACUGGCUCCAUAGGUGCUGCUUUAGGGCCCCUGCUGGCUGGACUCAUCUCCCCUACAGGCUGGAACAAUGUCUUCUAUAUGCUCAUCUCUGCAGAUGUGUUGGCUUGUGUGUUCCUCUCUCGCUUGGUAUACAAAGAGAUCCAGACCUGGAGGGCAUGUGUGAACAGAAAUGGAGGCUCUUGUCUGGCCCUAACCCACCCGAGGUAG